AUGGCGACUCUUACGUUUUCAACAGCCUCAGAGAAGGUUCAACCAACGUCCACCAUAGAAGCCACGAUUGACACGUCUUCUAAGGCUUCAAAGAACUUCGGAAUGACGUCACCAGCAGAAUCCACACAACCCACAUAUUUAGAAACAUCAGAAAUUGGAAAGGAGUCCUCAUCCGUCUCGACGGAGGAAAUCACGGUUUCAACGACAUCUGAAAACGUUGAAACGACGUCCUCGACAGAAGCCACGAAGCCCACUCCUUCAACGUCAUCGGAGAAGAUGGAAACGACGUCCUUAACUGAAGCCACGAUGGCCACGCUUUCAACGGAAUCAAUAGAAGAUGAAACUAAGACCUCAUCAGAAACCUCGACAAGAAACAAGAGCACAAAGAAGACUGCAACGACACCAAAAAAAGUUACGCAAACGGAGAAGAGCACGAACAAUGCUUCAUCUUCAACAACUCAAAAAAAGUCUGAAACAACGAUCAAAAAGCCAGCAACGCCUCCUAUCAAAAAAAUCUCAACGAGGAGCACGAUUUCUGAAAAUGAGACCACGACCGCCACGAAGACUACCACGCCCUCCACAACUCCAGAAAAAGUCGCAACGACUUCAGAGAAGAAAAUCUCGACCACGCCAAAAAAGAGCUCUAUGCCUUCAAAGACCUCGAAGAAUAUUGUAACGACUACAGAGAAGAAGAUUUCAACAUCAACGAAGAACAGAUCUGAACCUUCCACGGCCUCGAAAGAAGCUGUAACGACUUCUGAAAAGAAGAUUUCAACCACGACAAAGAAGAGCUCCAAACCUUCCACGACCUCGAAGAAAGUUGUAACGACCGCCACUUCUCGAAGCACCGCGUCUUCCGCUACCUCCAUGAAAGUCCCGCUUUCUGAAAAACCGACGACGUCUCCUACGAAGCCAGUGACUUCCACGUCCGCGACGUCGACCAGAACCGUGAGCACCACCGCCAAGACGACCAAGUAGUGAUUGGAUUUGAUAAUUUAAUAAUGAAGGUUUUCAGGACCACAGCGGACGAUGUGAAAGCCUCGUCGACGAUCGCUUCAAGCACGACCACAGAAAAAACCACUACGAGGCAACUCGGUUAGACAUCUUAUCAAACCUAGUCAGAUUCCAAUAUACAAUGUUACAGAAUCCACGAGAUCCUGGGCGACGGCAUGCCCCGAAGGAGCAACUGAGGGACCGCUUUUUUGCUAUAUGACUGUACCGGAUGGUCGCAGGCUAGUUUUCAACUAAUAAUUUUUACUUCUAGCCGUUCCUUUUUUUGAAUUUUAGUUCUCUUUUCUAGUUUUCAAUAAUCAAUACAAAAAUUUUUCGGAAGAUCUUCAAACUCUAAUAAGAAUAUACAAGUUUAGCUGCAUCAAGCCAUUCUACGUGCGACCACGAUCCAAAUUAAAAUAAAUAAAACGUACAGCUUUUCCAGCAACAGCAGCUACCUGAAGGUCAAGUCGGCCUGCAACAGGAUUUUCGGCUCGGAUUCUUCGAUCAUCAGCUUGUAUGAGCUCAUGGACCCGGUCACUCUCAAGCUCUUCAAGAACAUGACGUUGGUUUUUUUUGAAUCCUCUCAAAAAAGGUCUCGAAAUCAAUAACGACGCGUCAAAAAAACGCUCUGCUUAAUAAAACAUUGAAUCGAAAAUAAAAAAGUGAAAUUCAUAGUUCUGCUAAAUCAUAGAAUUUACGCAAGGAAAAGAGAAAAAGAAGCCAAGAAAGCUAAUUAAAAAUUAAAUUGAUAAAAAGUACGAUAGUAGACUUGAAGAAUAUCGCGUUUUUGGGCCGGUUAGGGCUCAGAAAACGGCCAGGGAACCAAAAAGUACAUCGUCAGUUUGCAUGAAAAAAAAACGAAAUUAAACGAGAAAAUAGUACAAGAAAUCAACCGUAAAGCGACGUCGGGUAGAAAGAAACAUUUUGCAGCGGGAGUUCAAAAUUUUCAAUCUUUGCACAACAUAUAUUUUUUUAUGGUUAAGUAAAAGCGUUUUAGUUAGUUCAAGAAGGUCGUUCAGAAUCUUCGUCAAGACUCAAUGAUGACAAUCAAUCCAAAUAAAAUCGGGAACAAUUUCAGCGGCGAAAAGAACACUACCGUAUUUUGGGCGGAGGGAGCGGGAUCGAGGACCCAGUGGAACCGGCUGGCGCUCAGAAUCAACUCUGACGCGGCGCCGGAGUUUUUCCAAGGCGAAGGAAUCGACAAAGUCCCAAUCUACAACGAGGAUAACACCGUUGGCGGAAUUUGCAAAGUGCCGAGUAAGUUGCAUUUUUCUUCUGUCUUCAAGGGCUCUAAUUGUUUGUCCAUUGUUGAUUUCAUCCUUUGACACUUUCCCGUCUUUGCGGGAUUUGGUGUGAUAUAUAUAUCACUGUUUAAUUUUGAAAAAAAGUUAAAUAAUGAAGCUUCUUUUUUUGAAAAAAAUUUAUGGUUUUUUUCAUUCGUUGAGGACGAAAUUGAAUAAAAUUUUGCGAAAUUGUUUUUUUUAAACUCUGAGCUUUUUAUUUCUGAUGCUUUUUCCUUCAGAAUAUGGAGCAGCGAUGGAAUGCGCCACGGAUACUUUCCAUGAAGCUUUGUACCUCAGGGGAAAGUUCAAUCUUCCGCAGGCCGGAAAAUUCGUCGCCGUCGGCAAUCGCAUAACGUUAGUUCACCGUUCGAAUUACUUAUUUUUGUGGAAUAAGCGCGAAUCAUUUGAUGAAAAUUGACCUUUCGAUCGCCAAAAUAUGACAUGAUGUUUUAGUCUCGGUGUCUUUAAAAAUAUGGUCUCUUGUAUUUCUCUUUUCUAAAAAACUCUAUAAAAAAAAACCACUUGGGUUUGCUUUACAUGAUUUUAGAAAACGGCAAGCUUCUAAAUAAAGUGUUUCAUCGUUCUUUUUCUAAUAUUCGAGUGAAUUUUUGACGUUUUGAGGAGCAACUGCAGUCUGCCGAACUGCUACGAGCCAAACUGGACCUUUUUGUGCAAUCCUAAAGGCGUUUGGAGCCCGCACCCCGAUGCCGUCAAUUGCACUCAACGCCGUUAGUUUAAUUUUGAUUGAGAACAAGAAUUAUUGUUUUAAAGGAUCUUUUAAUGAUAAAAGAGAUCAGAGACACCAGACUUCUUUGACGUCUCUUCAAGCCUCUGCUCUCUUUUUCUCUCUUCUUCCUUUCUUAAACAGUUUUACAGCUGCGACAAGGACGUUGCCAGUUUCGAAAAAAAUGCAGGGUUCAAAAGAAAAUGAAAAAUAGUUCUAGUUUUAGACAUGAAUUUCAAAAAUUAAAAAGUAUUUGUUUUAGAUCUGAUCAUUAUAAACUGGGAUUUUAAAAAUCUUAACUCGAAAACUAGAAUCUUGUACAGUAGCCGCUUUGAAGAGCUUUAAUCUGGACUUCUGCAGAUAAUUUGAGCAAAUUCAAAGAAAAUACCAGACCUCAUAUAGUCUGUGUGCCAAGACUUGGAAUUUCACCGAACGACAUUCCGGUGUUCCGCUGGAUAGAAGAUGAAAGAAAAAUAAUUUCUCGAAGCGUCUUUGCGAGCCUCGGUCUCGCUUUGAAUAGGUUCUCAUUUCUAAUAGAUGGACUGUUUCACUAGGAACACGUGUUAGUCGAGCUCUUAUGUAAAGUUGAAAAUUAAAAAGCGGCCGAGCACGCAGCGGAACAGCGGAAUGUCGUUCAAUGAAAUUCCAAGUCGUGGUACACAGACUAUAGUAACCUCUCUCCCAUUUAAUCUUUGUUCGCUGAAGGCGGAACCCUGUGGGUCGACACGGCGCGGCCCUUCUACGGACGAGAGCAGGAGAAGUGCCAGAACUGCGUGAUUUUCUUGAUUUUGAUUUUAAAAUGAUUUUCUUCUCGAAAAAACUUGAAAACAGAGAAAAUCAGAAUUUAUUCUAAUGGAAGAUGAGAUUAUCUCAAGACUUCAUGGGUAAAUGGAAGUUUUGAACUAAGUUCUUGAAAAACCGAAGGAUUCUGUUUCGAAGCUGAGUUGAAGACUCGGAAACAGAGAAACAGUAAAGUCAAUCACUAACUUCAGUUCUGCCUUUUUGGACCGUUCUUCGUCGGAUUCCUCUGGGCGGGGACCGUCGUCUUCGUCGUCGCCGGAUCGUUGGGCCAGGUAUAAUUUUACGAGAACUUGUAGGCAUUUCUAUUAAAAGCAACGAAGUUAGUCAUUCAAAGAUCCAUGUGAAUUUUUCAAACAAGAUAGGUUUUUACAAUGUCUUUCUUUUUACUAACAGCUUCCUGUAGAUUUGAAUGAUGAUUACUGAUAGUAAAACCUCAGCAAAAGGGACGUUUCUCGAAGAAAGUGGCUAGAAACUUGCAAAGAGAGCUUCUCUUUUCAGUAAUCUUUUCUGUAAGUUGAGCUUAUCAGUAUUUCAAUUUAUCGCAAAAAGCUGGCUUGAAUUGGGUAGAUUUUUCCAUCAAAAAUGGAGAAUUGUUUCAGGCAGCCAGCACAUGGAGCUGCAUUGGGUAUAACACGGACACGAUCGUGCCCAACUUGUACCUCCUGCCGUUGUUCGUCUUCCCGGCCUUCGGCUACCGCAAAUGGGCUGAAGGAUCUACGUCAGUUAUUUUAUUAGUUCGUUUGAGUGCAUUUUCUUCGUUAUUUUCAAACUAGUCUUAAAAUAUUUUCAAAAGUUUUUGGAGUGUUCUUUAAAAUACUGUGAAACUGCGAUAGGAAAAGUUUUAAUUUUUUUCACAGUGGAAGUGCAGUUCUUGAGUUACACUAAACAGGCCCGCAACGGAAAUAUUGUUAGAAAGUUCUAACAAAUGAAGAUUUUUUGGGUGAAGUUGUGAUGAACAUAGACAACUCAAUUGCUAAACGAUGAAAAAAGACACGAUCUUUCCGAUAAUACAAACUGUUUCACGGAUUUUAGAAACACAAAAAACAACGAAAACGACGCGCAUUUCUCAAUAGCCACUCUAAUAAUUUUGUACCUUAUAAAAAAAUAUAUCGUAGGAAAAUAGAAAAAUCAUGAACUUAAAGGCAUAGGGGCAGUAUAAAACGGUGUUUUAGUUCAAAGCAGUUAUUUGUAGAGCUUUUCAUUGCGAAUCGAACGGUGAACUUGGAAAAGUACCAAACUUCCUAGUUUUAGAGAAAAAGUAAUUCAAAGUCGGAGAGACUCAGGCACUGACGGCGCGUGUUUGUUGCCAAAAGUGCGCAUGCGCGCCGCCUGCUGCGCGCACGCGCGGGGUGUCUCUUUUGUUUUUUAUCUUUUUAAAUAAUUGAAAAGCUAUAAAUUUAAUAUUUUUCAUGUCUGUUCAUCUUUUAACAUUGCUCUGCACCAGUUUAUAACAAUUAGAUUGCACAAAAGUUUGAAAUAUCAAUGUUUCACUUGGCAAUUUUUUUCAUAAAUUUGUUCGAAAGUGCUCGGAACAACUUCAAAACGUGAGCAGGGGCACUCGGUAGUAUCACAAAAAUAUAAAAAAUAUAUUUCGAAACUGUAUUUCAAUGGAAAAGACGAAAAAAGAAUCAGUACCCCCGCGCGUGCGCGCACCAGUGCCUGAGGAGGAAAGUUUGAGUUCCCGCAAAAAGAGCACUUUGCAGUAAAGUUGCUCUAUGGACAACAGGCUUCGCCGUCUUCCGGACUUUCGCUUUUUUCUUCGUUUCUUUCAAUUUUCCAUUUUUUCUGUUGUCACCAAAGUUCUUUUCGUCACAAAAGCUUUCUAUUCAUGAAUAAUUUGCAAACUUUGAUCGCAAAAACGCUUCUUUGGUGAAAAAUGAUGAUUUCACACAGGUUUCGAUUGGGAUAGCAUUAUUUUGUGUUUUCUUCAUUAUCGGUGUGUGUUUUUUGUUUGACUAAAUGUUUUUUCAGAGAAGAAACCCUUAACUUGAAGCAGAUACCCGGUUAUUUCUGACAAAAUGCGAGUCUAAUGAGACGUCCGCAACAUCGCGUGCACGGCUACUGUAAACAUUUGUCUGCAUACCGUUCCAAAGCUUUUUUCAAAUUAAAGGCGGGAAAGUAAAAUCGCGUUUUUCUUCUAAAGUGGUCAGAUAUUUAAUUUUUUUGAGUACACCACUCGAUUCGGAAAGAAAAACUAUAUAAGAUACUGCUUUCACCUGAAACCCCAUUUUUUACUGCCCCUAUGCCUUUAAAGAUGCACAAUGAAAGGUUUUUCAAAAUAGUAGAAACUUCAAAAGGUUUCUUUUCCAGGGCGGUACGCUACGAGUACCGGAGACGGCUGCGGGCGUGGUUCACGGUCUUCUCGCCGCGGAACGUCGACUUCUACAGUCGCGUAAGUUUGACAGGUUCUAUAAGAAAUCGAACUGAAAAUCUAGAAGGUUCAAUCGAUGUUCUGAAAGUAGAAUACUUGGGUUUGACUUUUUUUGAUUCAUUUUUAAUCUUUUGAAAACUGAAAAAAAUGAAAAAGCUAUUCAAUUAUGAAAAUGUAGAUUUUUUAUUUUAUAUGAGAGUGGAAUUUUUUUGAUUUUAAUUUUGAAAUAAAAAAAUUAUUCUGUUUGAGGAUUGUUAUAGACUUUUUGAAAAAAAAUAACUAAGCUUUCACCCGAUAACCGUCUAGGAAAACUAGCGAACAAUUUUAAAUUUCAAUAUCGUUUGUUUCCUGGUACUCUCGAAGGCCCAAAGGAAAUGUUCAGGUGCUGAGGAACGGGCCGAUGCUGGAUUUGCUGCCGUUCGCCUACGCCCUCCAGUACAUCGCCAUGGUGUACCACGUCGCCGAGCCGGAGAACGACCAGUACAGGACGUGAGUAUGAAGAAAAAAUGGUAAAUGAAUUAACAAAUGGAAUAAUCAAAUACUUUUUUGAUUUUUACGGUCUAGCCUGUUUGUGCCCAUUUCUCAGCUUUCUCCCAAUAACUUUUGAACUGAAGUAUUUUCAAAGCAAGUGGAAUAAAAAAUUUUCAAAAAAACCACUCUUCUGCUAGUUAUCGACACGGGAAACACAAGAAAUUUUACUUCAUCGAAAAAUUCGAAAAAAAUUACUUUUUGAGAGGUCCUGCACCUUUUCUACUGCUUUUUUUCAGGCUUUCGGCGGUGGCGAUCGCCAUCAACACCGUCCUCCACUGGAUCCAGUUCGCCGUCACCGCGCCUCCGGUAAGGAAGGGAAAUUUCCAUUGAAAACUUGAUCAAAUAUAGUUUUCAUUUGAAGAUUCAAUAGAGAAUAAUUGUUUGCAGCUGUGGAACUUCGUCUGCAACAAGAUGAUGGUGAACCUGCCGUCCCACGUGGCGCCCAAGUUCAACACCGUGAUGCGUUGGACGCGCGACGAGGUAACCUUCAUGUCCACAAUAUAUGAAAUAACCUGUUUGGCCCACCGUAGCGCAACAGGUUGUGUGCCUGUCUAAUGUACAAAGGGUCACAAGUUCGAUCGCCACCCCGACUCAACCGAAGGGUUUUUCAUUUCCCAAUUUUCAAUGUGAAUAUGCUGUUCCUUUUCAACGAAUUUAUAUCUAUAAAAUUGAAGAUUUCUUUAGAAGAAUUAACUCAAAAUGGGAUGAAAGUAUUUAUUAGAGCGCAAAAGCUUAAACUAUGUUGUGAAUUAAAUUUUUUUGAAUUAUGAUUUAAAGCUUCUCCGUUGAGAAAUAACCGUAUUUAGAAGCUUCAAAUAAGAGAAGGUCCUACAUAAAUUGGUCUGAAAAUUAUGGUUUAUUUGUGAGAAACAUUCAUUCACUUUUGUCCAGGUCCUCUGCUGGAAAGCUCCGCUGAAAUACGCGACGGAGUUUGAGGAGAAGCUGGAGCUGGAAAAACGAGCGCCGGAAAAAUGGAAGUCGAGAGAGCGAUCCAAAAAGCGCAACAAGAUGCUGGAAAGAGUAAGAAACGGCUUUUUACACUUUUAUUAUGAAGUAUCGAUUUCUUAGUGCCCGACGAUCGAUCUCCGACUACUCCCUGCGGUACCGGUGUUCUUGGAGGCAGAAGCUCCGGCGGAGGUAAUUAUUUUUGAAAAUAUAGUUUAUUCAAUGUUGACUGGAAAUUUCCAAGGAUGCUGGGCAAGUAUGGCGUCUUUGUAGAGUUUCUUUGAACCUAAAGUUAAUCAUAGAUUCGGCUUAGGAUUGGUAUCGCCCUAUAGGCAGCGUCUAAUCAGAGAAUCAAUCAAUUUUUGAAGGAUUUCAUCUGAAAUUAAAUUAGAAAGGUUAACUUCAUUCAGCACUUGGCGAAACUCACCCCGAACGGCAUCGAAGGUCCGGAAGACUACCUGUCGGACUUCUCGCUGGAGGUGAUCCGGACACGCUUCUUCGUCAACUACAUCAAAGAGCGUCUGGACAGCCGAUGCGAAAGGACACAUUGUGCUUUCGUGCGUCCGAAUAGAGGCCUUCUCCGAUGGAAAAAGCCGUUUGCAGAGGGUGGUGGCGAGGGAGUGGGUCCAAGUCGGGUACGACCAGAGCCAGAUCGCCUACCACCAGCUCAUCCGACUCUUCAAGCAGUGCUGCGACAUCGUCAGGGACAACGACCAUCUCCUGUUCGAGGGCGAAAAACCGGGGAUGGACCCCCUCAAAGUAGGUUCUUGACGUGUUCCCUAAAGGUAGAGAAAAUAGUAACGCAUUUCUUUUCUAAUAAAACAAAGACGAAUGUCUUCUUUUCAAACACUGUCUCGAAUGAACCGAAUAUUUUUUCUCCAAGAUGAACCGGCCACUCGCCAAGUGCUUCGAGAUCACGCAGCGGUUCCGGCGACGGAAAAAUGCUCCGCCGGCGAACACAACGGAGGCCGUGGUAAGAGUCUUUCAUCAAAGAACGUCCUUUGAAGUAGGAAUGUCAUUCUGUAGGGUUCUUCAGAAGUUGUUAGUAUGAUGGUCAAAAAUCUGUAUUUUUUUUUUGAGAACCGAGGAAACCAAGAAAAAAAAACGGUGUACACAAAGAUGCUUACCGUGAUCUAAUAAAUAAGAUGACUAAAAUCGGUGGCUGAAAAUUUUCAGAAUUCCAAUCUAAACAGAAGUUUUGAUGAUAUAUGUAUGAGUUAAAAAAUGCAACAAAAAACUGAGCAUAUUUAUUUUCAAUUCAAAGCUGAAAAUGUUGCAGAAGAAGUACGAGCGGAUGCUGGAAUCGAUCGGCUACCGAUACCCGGUCGACGAUUUCAAGUCCGUCUUCUACUCGGACGUGGUCCUUUAACAUAAUCGAAAGAAUCAACUAAAUCUUCCUUUUCCAGGCCGAGGACUACGAGACCUUUAUUGCCGGAACGCACUUCGUCAGCAGAAUGCCCUAUAUCCACACCAUCAAGGAGGUUUGGAGAUAACGUGGUAUUUGAAGUUCUCCAACUGUUUGGAGUUUUGGUAGGAGAUAAGCUCUAUAUCAAUUUUCUUAAGCUGGAAAAGCGGCUGGAGAUUUUCGCGGAGCAGGCCAAGGAAGAGAACGCCAUCUGGGACCACAUCUACGACGACGACGAUUGGUUUCUCAACAUUUUUUUUUACAAUAUUAAGAGUCACUCGAAAAUUAUUUUUAAAUUGAUUCUCCAGAAAUCGAUAGAUUCGAAAAACAACCUUUCUGAGACUUUAGAAACCGUUUCCCCGUUGGGAAUUUCCAUAGUGAAUGAUCAAAUUUUCAGGUUCGUGGAGCGAAGCGAGGAGGAGAAAGAGGCACUGAGAAAGGAAUAUGUGAGAAUUUUCUACUAAUUGCUCGUAGUUUCAUCAAAAAAUUAUCAUUUCUUGACACUUUCUCAAUUUCAUAGCUAAUUUCAAACGAACUAGGACGGUUUUCCCCGUCCAAAAAUGACAAAAAAAUGAGAGUAUAAAAUUUUCUAGAAAUAUCUGAAGUUUGCUCCAUGGUAACAUUUCACGACCUUCUGAAAUCUUGCAGAAGAUCGUGGAUUCCCAACAAUUUCCGAAUCCGAGAAAAAUGAAGCUGAAGCACCUGCACGACCGGUACUUUGACCAAAUCAGGCCCGGGUAAUUUCAAACCAAGUUAUCGACUUACACGAAAUGGAUACUUCCAGCUUCAUCGGUCCAAAGACGCCGAACGCCUCGAUCUACCCAGACUUUGGAGGUCUCUUCUCCAGCGACAAGUUCUGGCUGGAGGUUUGAGAAAAAAAUUACUUUUGGAGCUGGGAAUUUUGAAAAAAUGAUGCCGUGUUCAAAGUGAUUCCGCGAAAUUCAAAAUAGCCGUCAGAGAAAGAGAAAGAUAACUAAAUUUUGGAGGGUCAGAGACCAUUUUGCAUUUCGCGGAAAUUACUUUGAACACGGCAUGAGCUUUGAGAAAAGUUUCCAAACACCUGCCAUUUGAGAUUUCUUAGGCGAGAAUGCAGGAAACCUGGGAAAAUCAGGAUAAACAUCAAGUUUCAGGAAAUUUUAAAAACUCUGAGAAAGAAAACCCCAGAACAUUUUUCAAAGCAAAAUCGAGGCCUUAGAAAGAUCGAAUAAAGUUCAAAGCUAUCCAGUGGAAAAAAUCAAUCAUUUCUAGAUGAAACAUGAUUAUAAAAUUAUGCAAAACAAAGCUGCUUCUGAAAAGAACAAUCAAAACCAGGAGACUAAGUCCCAUUUUUCAGAAUUCUUCGAAAAGAGAAGUUGAUAAUUUUCGAAAUUUCUCGUAGUAAAUUUGAAAAAUACUAUUAUUCUAACUGAAGGUUGAUUGCAUUUCCAAUUUCAGAUAGGUUUUUACUCCUAAAGUGACCACUGGAAUCUUUUUAUAAAUGGAGAUAUCUAAAUGGUAUUCAAUUAUUGUUUCUAGGAAGCGGACGAGAAAGCGUUCUACAGCUUCAUCGAGAUGAAGGAGUGGAGGAAGUCGGACAAGGAGCUCUACGAAAAGUACAGAAAAGACCUGCUGAAGCCGGUGAGAAACCAUGGUCAUCUCAAAGCUGAAUCAGAAAGAUGUUUCAGAAGGAAAAGAAGCACAAGCCGCCGUUGAGAGACGUCGGCGAGGAGACAGGACUGCGGCAGCGGUUCAAAAAUCAUCUCCGAGAGUAACUAAUAACUGUUAAUGUUUAAAAAAAAGAAAAAAGAAAUAAAAAUGGGAAAAAGACUGUAACUUGUUCCUUCAAUGAAAUGAAAAUAAGGUCUGGUGGAGGUUUGGAAGUGGUAGAAUGGAGUUUUGAAAUCAAAAGUUAUUGGAGGAUUUCAUUAACUUCCGGUUUUCUGCCUUAAAAAACGACGCUGCCAAAAGGAUUUCAAUGCACAAUUCCGAACUGAAAGGCUAUCAAAUCCAGUUUUUUGUAAACCUUGAAGGACUCGACUUUUGGAAGCUAUGAAUAAAUUUACCAACUUAGAUAACUUUUUCUUCGUCUUCAUUGUUUUUUAAUGAGUUUGUAGCUAUUCUAAUUACUAAUGGAUGAUUCUGGAUGUUUCAACUUUGAUUCAACGAGAAAAGACAAACCCUUGGAAAGCCAAUAAAAUAAGCUACUCGAAAAGGUCUCAUUUAGAUAGCAAAAGUAAAUUAUUAAGUUAAGAUUUUCCAGGAUCUCAAACCAAGAAGUGAUUUGGAAAGUUUCACAAGGUGAAGCUAUAGUCCUUUUUUAAAAGAACGGAACUUCUCUGUGCCCUCCUCGUCUCUCGACGCCUCUCUCAUGUUUACGUGCUGUUUCCAUGGUUCUCUGACCUCGCCGGUGAGGGAACAGAGAGACGCAGACACGCGAAAAACUGUCAACUCGCGGCGGAUUGACUACAUUGGAAUCGAGUGAGACCCAACGAUUCACGAAAGUAAUCGUAAAGACUCACCGAAAACAAACUAUUCAAGUCCCCGUCUUUCGAAAAUCUUCAUUCAUAGGUUAUAAAACCACCCGGGAGAGGUCACAGUUAUUUUUACUUCUGAACGCGCUCGAGCGUAAUCAAAACGAAUAUGUUUUCUUCUUUCCUUGACAACACUUAUUUUAUCUUAGCGACUAAAAACCUUUUUUUCGCUUUCCUACAGGUUCAAAACAGAUAUAUGAAAAAAAAAUUGAAUAAGUUGUUUCAAAGCUUUGAGAAAACUUAGAGAAACGGUGUUUUGCUGAGUUUUCUGAACAAAAAAUUUUAUUCAAAUCUUCAAAACCUCAACCUCUUUCUCACAGUGGAAGCGAGCCAAGGCUACAAAAAAUGGGAAAUAACUUUUGCUGGAAAUUUCCCACACAAAGGUUGGCUCCAAAACAGCAAAAACCAAAGGAAAUGUCCAUUUCUUGGAUAUUUUUUGAUCUCAGUCCUUCAAUAAUGUUCGAAAUUGGUUCCCAUUAGGUCCCUAGUCAGAUUUUUUUGAUGUUUAAAAAAAAUUUUUAAUUAAUCAACUUCAAAAAAACAAAAUCUUUCUUGCAAAAAAACUUCGAUCGUCUCGGUCGGAUGCGCAUUGCUGCAAAAAAAUAAUAAGACGCCCUCAUGUCAUGUCUCUGACGCAAAAAAGAUUUCUAUGGUUAACGAAUUUUCAUAUUUUUAGAAAUAGAAGUGAGAAAGCUUUCGUAAUAUUUUUAGUCGAUUCUCCCCGCUUUCGAACCUUUUUUUGCGAACCAAUUUUUGCUUAAUUUCCGUUGUUUUUUUUUGGGGGGUUUUCAGGCCUUCAUUGUAUUCCUGGUGUAAAAAAAGCCAGAAAACAGGAAAAAAAUAUUAUCGCUGACAACUUUGCGUCCCUAAGCGUACAAGGGCACAACUAUUGUGAAAAGCAAUAUAAACAUUCUUGUUUUUUAGUUUUCUAAUACUACUCUUCUUUAGAAAAAAUGUAAAAAGCCAAAAACUUAUAAGAAAUGAAAACCGUUGUCAGUUUUCGUAAACGGAAAGGCUUAAAAGCCGCGCCGGACUCGAAACGACUUACGCGAACCUCCUUAAUUUUAUUCUCACUUCAAGCCAUUCUACGUGCGACCAUAUAACUUCCGAAAAGAAAUUUUCAGGACAGCGUUUUGAUGAGCGCUGAAGAAAUAUUCACAAACGAACGACCAAGAAUGUAUAUUUUCUCAGCCUACAUCAUUAUUUUCCUAACUAUUGGGAUCACAUUUUUCUCAAUUUACUUGGUUUAUUAUAAACUCUCACAGACGAACUACAGAUAUCAUCUUCUUUCUUAUAUGGUCAGUUCAAAUUUGUAUUUUUGUUAAAGUGAUGAAUUCUUGAAAAUUCGUGCCUUUUUUCGACACGCAAUUGAAAAGUCAAAAUCCUUUUUUCAGUUCUAUUUUUCAGAUCAACUCCUUGAUAAUUGUUGUUUGGGGUGGUGUUUUUUUGAUUCCGAAACCAUUGUUCCCUAUUUUCGCCACCAAAGUUUGGGCUAUUUUUAGCGAUAACUCAAUUAUAAGCAAGUAUAAAAUUUGGGUGAGUUCAUUUUGGAAAUCGAUCUGAAGUUAGAGAUUCAGGAAGUUUGGACGGUUUUAUUCGGAUUCACACUUCCAGCGAUAGGAACAUGCUUCUUUUAUCGACACGAAGCCGCAGCGAAAAUGGUUAAGGUUGGUAUUUUAUUGACCCUUUUUCUACAAAAGUGUGGGAAAGAUAAAUCUUUCUCUCGGAAAAAAAACAGAUGAAAAAAAUUACUCACUUUUCAAAUAAAAAAAUAGACCUUUCAAGAAAAAAAUGGCAAAAAAAGGCGAAUGGGUUGGAGCAAGAGUCGAACUUUCGAUGUUAAUUUGAUAAUGGAGUACACUUGCCCUGCCCCAUGGUAACGAUUUCUUACCUGAAACACAUUCGGAACAUCUUUUUCGAAAUUGAAGCAAACUACUACAUUUUUCCAUUCAAAUUUCGACACAUGAUUUUCAGAAAAGAACGAUUGGAAUUUUUUUAUGGGUUUCAUAUGUUAUAACUACUUCUACUCUUUCAAUUUGUGUGGGUAUUUGGUUCCACUUUUCGGAACUGACGCCUUCAGAACAACUUUUUGCUAUCACGGUACCCAUUUUCUACUCUCUCAACCUAGAAAAUUAAGUUCCACGGGGGAGGGUUGUUGUUUUCUUAAUGCGCAUCCGACUUGAAACGGCUUGUGCUAGGUAGCGUUUUGAGCUUUCAUCGCGGCCGAUUUCAAAUCGACUGUUAGCCCUUAUUCUAAACGCCUCCUUGGGUCAUUCCAGUGCGACUCUAGAGUUAAAGAUAUAAAAUAUAAAAAUUUUUUCAGUACUAUCCUCUAGCCGUCAACCUGACGAUGACUAAUGUGAUAAUUUAUGAAUAUUAUAUCAACGCCACAGUUCUUCCAACUAUUCUUUUCACUUACACUUGGGUCAAUGUAACGGUGCUUUGCUUAUUGUUUAUUGUCAUCCGAACGUUUCUUUUGCUCAAAAAUGUGCCUGGAGUCAUUUCGCAACGAACUGUGAACAUGCAGAAAAGUACCAACUACAGUUUGAUUGCACAGGUUUGAGGUUUCGUCUCAUCUCAUAAGAAACCUUUUAAAAAUCUAGGACCUCUUCUAGGUUUUGUUUUCAUUCUUGUACUUUUUCUUUUAAGACGGCCACUCCGACGAUAUUAUUAGUCGUUCCUAUGCUCGUUUUCGGGGCGACUGUUGUGUUCACCAUCUACUGGAAUGGUAUCAUUUUCUUUCGCGAAAAUCCUUCGGCAUAACUCCAAAUCGUCUGGCUUAUCUGUGCUCUCUUUUCUCUGAAAACUCUAACAAAUAGAGCGCAGACUUCUCAGAUCUUUUACACGAGCAAGGUGUAUUUUUCAGAAGUGAUAUUAGUUUGCUUGUUCUUUAUCUCGGUUCACUCGAUCGCCUCCAACGUGGCGUUGAUCAUAACGACACCUCGAUUUCGGAAUAUUAUUCUUCAAUUCUUGAACGUCAAACCUCCGCCACGAAUCACAACUGUUCACUUCCGGCAGAGCGAUUCCGUCAGAUUCUAGAUGUAUUGUUGGUUCACCACUACUUUUUAAUGAAGUAUAAAACUACUUUAUGUCUAACUCGCGACUAUUGGGAUCCUUUCGACCUGCCUCGUUUCUCCUUUCCCUCACUAGCGAGUUCCGAGAAUGAUUGAAAUAAGUUGAGGAUGGAAAAGAGGGCGCAAAGAAGUCAUGCUGUUUUAUGAUACGGCUAUCAAAAUUGUAAAUGAAAUUUGUGUACUUUUUACGAUUGGUUUCUUGAUUUUUUUUUUUCUGACAGAAAGUCAUCAUUGAAUGCUCACCUGUACGACAAUAUGUGUUGAAUCUGGAACUGUCUCAUUUUAUCAAUUGCCAUCAAUAAUCUCAUCUACCUCUUGAAAAUUGAAAAUAAAUGUUUUUUUUGGUACAAGUUUCCUUGUGAAGACUUCACUCGAAGGGGUCGCUCUCAUUCUGAGGCUUCCCCCGUCUAAGCGCAACUGGAUGGACUACGCGUCGAAGAACGAGGCGAAGGGCCGUAAACCAUUCUGUCAAUUGAUCAACUACAUCUUUGGACUUCUAGUUCGCCAAAGACGGCUGUUCGUUUUAGAAGCUUGUUCAUUGCCUAGUCAAUUACAUAUAUGGCUGAAAGAAAUAAUUGAUUGAUUGAAAACACUGAAAAUUGGAAGAUGAUUUUAUUUUCUUUCGAAACCAAAUGAAAGUUCCGUGUUUACGGAAGAAACAUGACAAAGCUUCCCAUGAAAAUGAACUUUAGCUCAUAUUCAACAAACAUAAACUAUUUGUAGAGUCUUCAGCAAAGGUUAAAGAACCAGGUGAGCAUAAAUAAGAAGACCCGUUAAUUAUUUUUUCUAAAGGUCUUCAUGUGUAAACAAAUGUUCCCUUCUUCUCUCUACCUUCAUUUUAUCUUGUUUUUUUUUGAUUACUCACCUCUUUUUAGGAUCUUUUUUUGAUCAAACGAGUUUCCAAAGCGUUCAUAAAAAUAAUCAACCAUUUAUUUUUAGCUCAACUCACGUUUCCCUAGUGAAAAAAACAAAAAGCUAGAAAAAAAUUGAGAAGUAACCAAAUAAGUGGAAAGUUUCGGGUGCUUCCAUAUAACAAAUCGUUUCGAAUUUUAAUAUUUUUUCUAAGAAAAAUAAUUCUAAACUGUUUUAGGUGAGACAUCUUUUCCGCGUUGCGAUGAGCGCCGAAGAGAUUUUCUCAAAUGAAAAACCAACUACUUAUAUUAUGACGAGCAAUAUUAUCACCUUCUUAACUGUUCUGAGCAGCUUCUUUUCAAUGUACUUGGUUUAUUGUAAGCUUCUUCAAACACCCUACAGAUAUCAUCUCCUUUUUUACAUGGUCAGUUGGAUGAUUUUUCAAAAUUAACUUUUUUUUCAGACAAAUUCCUUAUUGACAGUAGUUUGGGGAGGCGUUUUCGUGACACCGAAACCUUUGUUUCCUUUGUUCGGGACUAGGGUUUGGUCCAAGUUCAGAAAUAACAAAAUUAUUGGCAAUUAUGAGAUGUGGGUAAGGUCACGAUUUCUUUUUGCGAUCCAAUUUUUGAAUCGAGGAAAUCUUCUGUGAAAAAAAAAAUAUUGGUGGGGCUUUUUCGUUGGAAUCACCACGUUUCUCUCAAUUUUUGUUAGCUGGAUGCUUCAUUUAUCGCAUUUGACAUUGUCGGAGCAAGUGGAAUCGAUCAGAGUAUGUCGAAUUUUUCAAGCGUGUAGAGAGCAGGAAUAUACAGAAAAUAUCAAACUAAAAACCUUUUUUUUUGAGUGAAGAGCUGGGCUGAUAAGUGCAAGCGUGGGACAAAUCUGAAUUUUUCUGACGCGUUGCGAUUUCGGUUCGAAAAAUGUUCAUGCUACGUGUUGCCAGAUCGCGCAAGUAGAUUUACGUCGGGCGCGGUAAAACAGUUGGAGACAUCAUAGACUCACGUCGCAAAUAUUAGAAACGAACUUUUAGGCCGUCUAGUUUGAGGGACGGAUCGAUGGUGAUAUUUAAAGUAAAAACUGCAAAAGGCUGUUUUUCCCUUUAAAAAAAUUUUGCAUAGUCAAUCCUAGCCGACUCGGGGUUGAUUUGCAGUUGUGGCGCGGUGCGUGUGCGGCGCGGUUUUUGGCGGGGGACUCGAGGUCAAACACGAGCUUACCUUUUGUUCUCUUUUUUACAUUUUUUCAAAUUUGUUUUUUUAAUGUUUUUAAAAAAAAUCAGUUAAACGAACAAAAUAUAAAAAAAAUGAAAAAACCUCGAAUUCCCCGCCAAAAUACGCGUCGCACACGCAACGCUUCAACUCUGCCAAUCUACCCAUUCCGUCUUCCAAUUCAGGUAAAUUUGACCAUAUAAGACGUAUAAAACGCACGACUCAAAACCUCUUAGAUCAUCAAAUCGGGCAUUUUUGAUGCUCCUGACUGUACCUCGAGCUUCCAUUAACUUUAGCGUUUCAGUACUACCCCUUGGCAGUGAACAUGACCAUAGAAAACGUUGUAAACUACAGCUGUUAUCUCAACUUCACAAUAAUCCCCGCCUCCAUUUUCGUCUACAUUUUCAUCACCUCUUCAGCGUUUUUUUGUUGCGCUAUCGCUGUCAGAACCCUUAUUUUACUUCACACCGUGCCGCUAGUUUAUUCCAAACGAACUGUGCGCCUCCAGAAGGACGCUACCUACAGUUUGGUCGCGCAGGUUUGUAAAUGCAUAUUUUGCAGUGUCUGGCAUGUCUGCGCUCUCCUUUCUCUAGUUGACGAGGUCAUGAAUAAAUGAGAAGAAACGAGAGUCUUAGUGGGAAAAGGAAGCGCAGAUUAAUCAGACUUUCACAAAUUUUUUUGAGUGACGUGUUUUGCUUUUUCAGACACUCACUCCGGUUAUUUUGUUGGCGAUUCCGUUGUAUGUAUUUGCAGUGAUUGUCAGCUUGAGCCUGUACGACUUGAAUGGUACAUUUUUUGUUCUCAAGCUUUCACGUUUUGAGCCGCUUGUAAGGGCUCAAUGCGUCGCGGUCGCGCUGCGUUUCGGAGAAAAUUCAAUUUUUCCUACAGGUGUUCCCGACCUGAAAUUCUCUUAAACUUUAGGAGGCUGCCACAGGCAAAGCAGUUAGUUGUCAGUUAAGACAAGAAACGACCGUUUUGCGACCGCAACGCUUUGACCCACUCCAAAACAAUUCAUGUUUUAAAAAAAUAGUUCAGGAUUGAUUUAUCUGUGCUUGUUCAUGGUUUCUAUACAUUCGAUCGUCUCUAACUUGGCCUUCAUCAUAACGACUCCGCGGUUCCGAAGCAUCGUCUGCAGGAGUCUGAAAAUCAAAGCGCAUACGGAAGCCCGCCGUGUUACAUUUCUGAGUCCCGAAUCUGCUCUUUGA